AUGUUCCCACGAACUGCAGAGCGAGAUGUAGACGCCACUCUCAUAUCGUUAAUAAGCANGCGAGAUGUAGACGCCACUCUUAUAUCGUUAAUAAGCGAAUCUAUCAUAUUACUAAAAGACCAAAUGAAAAAAUACUUUUCUAGCAUAAAUAUUGAAACUUAUGACUGGGUGCGAAACCCAUUUAGUGUGGCAGUUGACGAGGUCAUUGGUCUGACAUUCGCUGAAGAAGACAAUCUUGUUUCACUGAAAAAUGAUAGAACAUUAAUGUUCAAAUUUAAAGGAAUGGCUCUCAACAAAUUUUGGAUUUAUGCUCAAGCAGAAUUUCCUGAAAUAUCAAUAAAAGCAAUAAAAAUUUUACUACCAUUCUCCACAUCGUACUUAUGCGAACAAGGAUUCUCAGCAGUCACAACAAUAAAAA